AUGGCAGCUCCACUUUCGCCUAGAAGUAACAACACUGGAAACAUAACCAAGUCUUUCCAAAAAUGCUCAUUAUCCGGCGAACUUGUCAAUUUCCAGAUUUUAUGUCAGUCAACGAAUCUCGGCUCAUUAACCGAAAAACGAUACGACAAGGGAUUGAGUAUCCGGGAGCUCAAGGGCAAGCUUGAAUUAAUAACAGGAUGCUCGCCUGCUUCGAUGAAGCUCUCGCUCGAAUCGAGAAAGGGCGAGAAGAUUUGCGACAUGGACGAUGAUGAGCGACUUCUUGGAUCGUACCCAGUCGAGGACUGUUGCGGGAUUAGGGUCAUUGACCCAGAAUCCUUUGACUGGUCCGACUUGAACAAGAUCGAGAAACAGGAAAUGGACGAUGAUACCUACGAUACUUUUAAGCCGACUUCAGUUAAGCCUACUGUUCGCGAAUACAAGAGAAUUCACAAGCUGGGCAUGUUUAAUCCAGAAAACCAAAAGAAAGCGCUUGAAGAUAUGGAGGCACAGGAGAAAAAAGACAAAGAAGCAAGAGAAAACUUCAAAGUUGGCCAGCGAUGCGAAGUGACGUUGAAAUCAAAGGGCAAACAACGCGGCGAGGUCAAAUUUGUUGGAAACGUGUCUUUUCAGCCCAACGUCUGGAUCGGAAUCCAGCUCGAUCUUCCGUAUGGCAAAAACAACGGAACAGUCGAAGGACAGAAGUAUUUUGAAUGUCCGAACAAUUUCGGUGUGUUUGCCAAACCUGAUUCGGUAGAAGUCGGUGAUUUUCCAAAUGAAGAAGAUGAUCUCUUCUCGUCUGAAGAUGAGAUCUAA